GUGAGGAAAGUAGAGUUGCAUAUAUAUAAUGAAACAGAGAGGGAGUGUACAGCAUACUGCAAUGCAACACUUUAUUAGACGCUUGCUUCCAUUUCAUGCAAACCAUUUUUUCAUUUCUCAAACUCACUGUUUUUCUUUCACAAUCGUAAUUCAAUCUUCUCCCAGAUCUUUCUCUUCACCAUCUUCCCAUUCAACCAUUCAUCAUUCGCAAUCCAAGAACCAUCGAAAUAAACUCUGCCUCUAAUUCUACUUCUGAAUGCCUUUCGUUUUCCCUCUAAUUUCUUCCCCGAUUUCCCAUUUCCCUACAAAAUCCCUCGAUUUCUGAUCUGGGUCUCUCUUUUUUCUUUCGAUAGGUUACUCAAAAUCAAUCAAUGGAGCUUCAACCUCAAGAUCAUCAAGAACAGAAGCAGCACCUCUGUAAGCUCUGCAACAAGAGCUUCUCAAAUGGCAAAGUCUUGGGCGGCCAUAUGAGGUCUCAUCGCAGCAACCAAAAUCCACCCAAAAAGCGCAAAAAGAACUCAAUCCCCGGUUCUUAUAGCCUGAGAGAAAACCCCAAAAAGUCCUGGAAAUUCUCAGCUCCAAAUGGGGAAAAUGGCGAAACCCUUUUGCAAGAAAAUCAAUGCAAAAUAUGCGGCAAAGGGUUCGAUUCCUCUAAAGCGUUAUUUGGGCACAUGAGGCAUCAUUCUGGAAGAAGAAAGGAACUGAUCCGCCGAUGUAAAGAAUGUAAUAAGGAGUUCGAAAAUCUCAAAUCUCUCAGUUCUCAUAUGAAGUCUCAUUGUCAAUCGUCUGUCGCUGGCGGCGGCCAAUCGGACGGUGAAACUUUGGGGCUUUUGCGGCGGAAGAGAUCCAGAAGGACGAGGUGUAAGUUAGGUGGUUCCAAUUACCCUUAUUGCUGUUCUUCCUCUUCUUCUGAUUUGAUUGAAUAUUCAUCUUCUUCUGUUGUUGAUGUAAUCGAACCUGAUGUUGAAGAGUUAGCUGUCUGUUUGUUGAUGCUGUCCAAAGGGGUGGGUAAUUUUGGGGCUGAGUUUAGUUCUGAAUCUAUUGGUGGUAGUCAUUUUAGUGGUUUUGAAGCUAAAUCACCAUUGAAUAGAACAGCCCAUUAUGAAGUAGAAUUAGAAGAAAGAGUUAAAAUGGAAUUCCAAGAAGUUGGAUACCAUUAUGCCGAGGUUGAAUUGGGGAUGCCAAAGCUUGAUGAUGAUGAUGAAUCUGGAAUUGGAUUUUGUGAAAUAGUGAGGGAAAAUGAGUUGAAAUCUUUAAAGAAAGGUGAGAUUGAAGAUUUUUGUGUGAAAGGUUGUGAUGUGGAAAUGGAGGGGAAUCAUCAGUGUGAUGUGUGUUUGAAGGUGUUUGGAUCAGGGCAGGCAUUGGGAGGCCACAAGAGAGCUCAUCUUUUGAAACCCAGCUUAAUGGAGCUUGAAGAAGAAGAUGAUAAUGAAAAUAAAGAUGAAGAUGGAGAUGAAGAAGAGGAUGACGAUGAUGAGUUCAAGCCAUGGUUGAAUGGAGAUGAUGAAAAUGAGCAACAGCAGCAGGUGAUGGGUCUGGUUUCUUCAAACUGACUCCAUUUCUUUUCAUCAAGUAAAUAACAUGUGAAUUGAAUAUUGCUUUUGCUCCCUCAUUUUUUGAUGCUUUAGCUAACUAGUUCUUGCUGUUGCAUACUCAUUCCAUUUCAACCAUUUUGUUGAUGACUUACCAAAAAUUCUGCUUUGGGAUUGUAAUAUGAGUAUUUUCUGCAAUUUUGAUCUAUAUC